AAACGGGGAGCGCAACGGGAACCGUUUGGCCAACACCCUCCCGCUUAUAAGGGUGUUUAAGAAGGCUUAGUCGCUCUGCCUCGCCCUGCCCAUGUGUCAGAUUGCUGAUGUGUCUUGAAGGGGGAUGUGGGAUAGCAACCUCAUCGCAGGGAUAAGGUUAAUUCCCACGGAAAGCUGUGAAGUAUCUACGUCCAUUGGUCGUGCAAGUGCAUCCAUAGAACUGUGGCACCUUUGGCAUGGAUGAGUCGUGGUUCGAAAGGUGUCAGAUUGCAAGGCUGCAGAAGCAUAUCCUCAGCCAACAUCUCUUCGCUCCAAAGUGCAUGCGAAGCAUUCCAUAUGGUGCGAGAAAAGUCACACACAAUCGCCUAGCGAGACAUUGCAUGAUAGCUUGCGGCUUGCACACUCCGAGUCAUUUUCGCUUCCGAAGUAUAUGGCAGGACUACGUCUCAGGCCGGCUCUUUCAACUGUCAGCCAGCAUUGCAUACACCGAAUUACCAAUCUCCGUCAAAUUCGUGAAGCGGACAACCCAUUGCACUGCUCGCCGGAAGCCUAUGUGACUGC